CUUAUUUUUGUAAAUCAGUUCAGCAGCUUGUCUAUGUUAAAUUUGGCGGCAACUAGCUUAAAGAGUGACCAAAGCAUUGCUUUAAAAAUUAACAAAACAAUAUUUUUUACAUUUAUGUUAAAGCUACUGCUAUAGAACUGCUAGAAACUUUGCCAAUAAAUUAAACAUAAAUAAAUACAAAAGAUGACAACAGAUGAACGCAAUUUUAGAUCAAGUUACUAUGAAAAGGUUGGCUGCUUUAGCGUCGAAGAGAAGAAAUCACUCAAUAAACUACUACAGGAUGACAUACGCAAUCUAGCCAAGUUAAAGCACUUCGUGUACACAUAUACAGUUCCAGCCCAGGAGCGGAGUUUGCUCUGGUGCCUCAUAAUGGGAAUAAUGCCACUGCACAAAAGCAAUACGGAUUAUGUGCGUGAGCAGCGUCGACAAGUUUACGAGGAUUUGCUACGCGCUGUGACCGUAAUGCGGUGCGUCGAUGCGGACUCGUGUAAGACCAGAGAUUUGGUGCUGCACAAAAUGUGGUUACUGGAGAACAAUCGGCUAUUGCAUAGCAAUGUUCGGAUCGGAGCUCAGGCCCAGGAUGACAAUCACUUUGUCGAAAUUAUGCGUGCUCUGCUCAAGAUUUUUGACGAUGAAAUGGAAACAUACUGGAUAGCCAAGGAGUUUUAUCAGUACACGCGUGAGUUCAAAAAGGACUGUGCCAAGCUAAAAGAACUCACUCAAAUACUUCUCAAGCGCGAGGAUAUUGCCUUAUUUCACCGAUUGGACAAGCUGGAGCUGUUUGAUGUCAACUCGAAGCUACUGGAGAACUGGUACACAACUUGCUUUGCUGGGGUAAUUUGUGAAACUGUCCUUGUCAAAGUGUGGGACAAGGUGUGCGGGGGCGCUAAGAAGAUUGUAGUUUUUCUCUUUCUGGAGCUGGUGAAAGACAUCAAGUCGCUGAUAUUUGAUCUGAGCACACAGGAGGACCUAAAGGCUCUGAUCGAAACGGUCAAGGAUCUAGAUGGUGUCAUCGUAAACAAAGCCAUCAAAUCUUGGCAAAGUAAUAACAGUGAAAUCGAAUAUGCGCAUUAAGAAGAGACAGCGACGAAAUGUUUGAAUUAGUAUAGUUGUAUGUAAGAGAAAAGUAAAAUGGGAUAUGAACUAAAUGUAUUUGAAGACCACGUCCUUCUUAUCGGCCACCGUCUGAAACUCCAGCGUGACGGGGCACUGCAUCCAGUACGACAGCAGCUCCUCCGUAUAUCCAAUGAGGAAGUACAUCUUGCGUGGACUAAUUGCCUGUCGUAUGAUGGCAGCAAUGCGUAUCGUAUUGUGUUGCCGCUUAAUAAUGAUCUCGGAGCAGACCAGCGCAUGCCAGGUGCCAGUAAUAAAUUUGCGAAUAAAAACAUCCUCAAUUGCGGUUUGCGAUGGACGCAGACCAUCCUUCAGAGUGGCUACAAAUAUGAUUGAUUUAUUUUGUACGCAAUUCAAAUAAAAAUGCAUAAACUUA